AUGGCAGCGAAUCGGCAGCUAAACAAAUCAGGCAAAGGGGGGCCCCCCAAGCUGGGGCCCUCUCCCAACAAGGGAAAAGGGGGCAUGGAAGGGAGGCAUAGCGCCAAGAAGAUGAAGGAGAAAACUCCCCAACGAGCUUCCGGCUCUGUAGGCUUCCAGAGGUCUUUAGAGAAAAAGGCAGAUUCUGUGAAGAACGGAUCGUCUCCACAUCAGCGGCGCGGGGGAGGCGCUAAGUCGAAGGUGGAGGCGCCUCAUGCCUCUUCUCUCUCCCACUUACCAAGUGACGAGGACGCUUUGAUUCGACAGCCUAGCGACCUUGAAGAAUCGCAAUCCGGCGAUUCCGCAGUUUGCAGGGUCUAUGGUGGGGGGGUUCUGCGGUUUUUAUCAGAGAAGGAGGCUGGCCCUCCCAAGCGUCUGGAAGGCUUUUCUGAUUCCGAGAGCGACGCCGAGGAAGACCUCUCCGAAGACGCUGAGGGUUUCGCGGACUUGUCAGAGGAGAGCGCUGCUGAGGAGGAGGAAGGGGAGGCGGAGGAAAAUCCCCUGCCCUCCGAUGCUUGUUCUUCUUCCGAGACGGAAGCGUCGGAAUCGCGCGAAGGCGACCACCCCAAAAGAGGCCUUUUUGUGCUUCCCGCCUUCAUGCCUUCUCCUAAGCCGCGAUUCCCAUGGCCUACGAAGCCACACCCGCAUGUUCGCUGUGCUGCAGGGAAGCUCGAGGACUCCUCUGACUCCGAGGGUGAAGAAGCUGAGCCGCACAUAGCGGGAGCCUCCGUGCGGCAGCUGCCCCUGGUGGAUAUGCGAGUUGUUCGGGAACGGAUGGAGGACACCGUCGCGCGCCUCUCAGCGGCCGCUGGAAAAACACACUCUUCCAAGAAGGACGGAGAUGGUGGCGAUGGUAAUAGUAAGAGUGGGGCUGUCUCGGGCAAGAAGAAGAGCAGACAGGAGCUGCUGCAGCUUCUCAGAGACGAUGUUGUGCAUUAUUUUCAGUACUCUCCAGAUCUCGCGGAGUAUUUUCUGCAGCUGUUCAGCCCUUCCCAGGCCCUGGCCUUCUUUGAAGCGAACGAGCAUAGGCGUCCCCUCACCCUCAGAGCGAAUACUCUCAAGAUUCGCAGACGGGAGUUGGCUGCCGCUUUGAUUGCUCGCGGCUGCAAUGUGGAUCCGGUUGGUGAUUGGAGCAAAGUCGCUUUGAAGGUCUACGAUAGCACGGUCCCUGUGGGGGCGACACCUGAGUAUCUCGCAGGCCUCUAUAUUCUGCAGUCAGCCUCCUCCCUCAUCCCCGUGAUGGCGCUUGCCCCGCAGCCUGGCGAGAGAGUGGUGGAUAUGGCAUCUGCUCCCGGUGGGAAAACCUCGCACAUCUGUCAACUGAUGCAGAACGAGGGCGUUGUUUACGCGAACGACCUCAAGCGAGAACGCUGUACAUCGCUGAUGGCCAACCUCCAGAGGAUGGGUGUGAUGAACUGCGUGGUGUGCUCCAUGGACGGCCGCCAGCUGCCGCGUGUGUUGCCAAAGGUGGACCGGGUUCUCCUCGAUGCGCCUUGCUCAGGCGCAGGCAUCAUCUCGAGAGACUCCUCUAUCAAGGUAAAGCGAUCGGUGGCCGAUUUUGAGGAGCACUCGAAACUGCAGAAGCAGCUCCUUUGCGCUGCCGUGGACCUUGUGGACGCAAACUCACGAACAGGUGGCUACAUCGUCUAUUCAACCUGCAGUGUCUCUGUCGAGGAAAACGAGGAGGUGGUAGAUUAUAUCUUGAAGGCGCGGAGAGUAAAGCUCGUUCCUCUGGGAGUCAACAUUGGCUCACCAGGCCUGAGCUCUUUUAGGGGCCGGCAAUUCCAUCCCACUCUGGCACUGCACAGCCGUAGGGUGUAUCCGCACCUGAACAACAUGGAUGGCUUUUUCGUAGCCAAACUGAAAAAGCUCUCUAAUGAAAUUCCACAACGUGUGAAAAAGGACAGAAGCAAAACAAAUCCCUAUGUGAAGGUAAUGACAUGA